GAUAUAAACAAACCUAAACCCGGCUUUACAUUUUUUUAAUCAUCUUUCCAAAUAAAUAAAAAAAUAUUAUAAUGUUAAAUAAUUAGGGAUUACUUCAUGAUUAACUCAUUUUCUUAAAAAGUUAAAUGUUCAAGAUAGUUACAGCAUUUAAAUUUAAAUUUAUUAAUAGGUUCCAAUAGAAAUAAAAGAUGAAUAGUGGAAUGUUAUAUGGUGGUGAUGAGAUUGGAGCAUUAGUGUUUGAUUUAGGAUCACAAUCAUUUCGUAUUGGAUAUGCUCAAGAAGAUACUCCCAAAGCAGAAAUACCAUCAGUUGUUGGUUUAUCGGAUGAUGGCACAGCAGAUACAAGUAUGUUGGACCCUGGAAUCAAACAAGGAAAUCGUAUUAAUGAGAACACUAAACAUUAUAUUGAUGUAACUUCAUUAUGUGUUCCCCGGAAAGGCAUGGAAGUAGUUAGUUAUAUGAAAGAUGGAAUGAUUGAUGAUUGGGAUUUAUUUGAAAAAAUUCUUGACUAUUCUUAUACAAAGUGUUUGCAAACUGAUUCUCAAUACCAUCCAGUAUUAUUUACUGAGUCACCUUUAAAUAUAAGAUCCAAAAGAGAAAAAUUAGUUGAGUUGAUGUUUGAAAAAUACAAUGUACCCGCUACAUUUCUUGGAAGAAAUGCAGUUUUGGCUGCAUUUUCUUGUGGACGUUCAACUGGUAUUGUCAUUGAUAGUGGAGCUACUCAUACAUCUGCUAUACCUGUUCAUGAUGGUUAUGUAAUUCCUAGUGCUAUUGUUAAAUCUCCGUUAGGAGGAGAUUUUAUCAGUAUGCAAUGCAGACAAUUUCUUAAGGAGAAUGAAAUUGAGGUAAUACCUAAUUAUUUGGUCGCACAAAAAGAACAAGUUAAGGAAAAAGAAAAACCUAUUUGGACUAAAAAAAAAAGUCUUCCUGAAGUAACCAAUUCUUGGCACAAUUAUAUGUGUAAAGCAGUUAUUCAAGAUUUUCAACAUUCAGUUUUACAAGUAUCAGAAGGACCAUAUGAUGAAAGAAUUAUAUCUGCGCUCCCUACUUAUCAUUAUGAAUUUCCAAAUGGUUAUAAUCAGGAAUUUGGAAAUGAAAGAUUUAAGAUACCAGAAGCUUUAUUUGACCCUAGUGCUAGCAUGGGAGGUUCUAUGUUAGGUGUAAGUCAUAUAGUUACAACAAGUGUUGGAAUGUGUGAUGUUGAUGUAAGACCAGCUUUAUAUAAUAAUGUAAUUGUUACUGGAGGCAAUUCAUUUUUACAAGGUUUUCCAGAACGAUUAAACCGAGAUCUCUCUGCCAGGAUACCAGCUAGUAUGAGACUAAAACUCAUAGCUCCUAAUGGUUCUACAGAACGUAGAUUUGGUGCAUGGAUUGGUGGAUCUAUUCUAGCAUCAAUCGGGACAUUUCAACAAAUGUGGAUUAGCCAUCAAGAAUAUAAUGAAGGUGGUAAAAGUCAAAUUGAUCGUAAAUGUCCAUAAAGACUCAUCAAUUAAAUUCUGAAAUAUUCUUUUGUAAUACUUCAAUAAAAAUGAAAUUAUAAAAUAUGAUAUUGAUAUAAUUUUGAUUUAUAAAUUGUAUGAUAUUUAUAUCAGAUCAACUCAAUAUAAUUUUUAAAUUAUUGUACAUAAUAUAUUAUUUUUUUUAUAUUUUA